AUGCCCAUGGGCAACGCUUUUCAGUUGUCCUUUGACUUCAACAAGGGAUUCUUCACUGAGGCGAUGAAACUCUCUCCCGCGGCUUUGGACAGUCUCAAGCAGCAAUUUCCUGAGUUUGCAAAAUUGUGGCAAGAAUGUCCUCAACUCAAACAAUUCGCUGAGUUCGUGGUCAGUGCGCCCAACGAUCUGGAUAUUAUGAAGGUUGGUUGA